UUAUUGUUGAACCCUGUAAAGAGGUUUAAUGGAUUAAUAUGAACUUUAGUGUCAGUUUUGCGUGCUGGUAGUACAGUUGUACUGGUUUAAGGCGGUGGAAAGGUCAGGGCGUUCUGGCCGAGUGCGUGAAAAAAGAAUUUAUGAUCUGUUUAACCUUUAAUUAUACUAAAUUUGAAUUUUAUUAACUGGUUUUAACACUGGUCUAUCCAGGCGAAUACUAACGUGGACGUUCAUGUAGACAAAUGUACAAGGGAUGAAAUACACCUUUUUCGGAAGACAUAUACGCGAUUGGACAUUACGAUAGGAUUUUGAACAGCAUUCGUAUUACAAACCUACAGUUUUAAGAUGCCAGUGAUGCAGUGGAACGUUCUGUGUGCCACAAUGUUGUGCUUACUUCGAGGUGGAGAAGCCCAAGCUACUCCGAUCAAACCAGUGGCCAAUUCAACAGAGGCGCCCUACGUAAUUGCGACAGCGAAUGAUUCUGUCACGACAAGCGUUCAUAAUAUGCCGAAGUGCAAAUUGAUUCCAACAAGUGACUAUAUUUUAAACGUACUUGCAGAUUCUGAAUCGGCAAAACUGUUGGAGUAUGAAUUAGUAUUUGAGAACUAUACUGUGAAUCCACUUUUGGAGCAAUCUAUUAGAGAGAACUACAAAGCCAAUAUUUGGCAAAAGGCGGCUACUAAACACGGACGAACUCUGGUCACAAUGAACUUCAAUUACGACGUCCUGUCCUUAUCCGUGCUCUCAUUGGGCGUGGAGAAACAUACGGUAGUGCUAAAGGAUGAGCCAGUUGGUUGUUUUGGAGAGUUAACAGAAAUGGACAGAAUGGAUAAUGUGCUGUGGCUUCUGAGUCGAGAUUUUAACUCCGAGAGUGCAUCACCAACUAUAGCUCGAGAUGACUACAUAUGUCACCAAGUUUUUCAUACAAGUAGCUCAACUGCCAGAUUCGUUGACAAAUGCUGUCGUGUGGAUUUACACCAAAGUAUGGCAUGUAGUAUUGAACGCAAGAGUUUAACUCUCAGUGUCCUGUUGUACUGUGUGAUAGCUCUCAAGAUUGCUGUGUUUCUCCUUGUCCCAUAUCUCAUCCCUUGUGCUGUAUACAUGUUUUCAAAAGGCGCCGAUACAUUUCGGGUCAUCCUCAAAAGCUCACUUCGGAAGACAAUGCUUGUAGCAUCAGACCCCGGAAAUGUAAAGUUUGAUCAUCAUUGGCCUGCUGAAGCUUUGGACAAUUUUGAUAAAUUCCAAGAAACAGUUAAGACUCUUCAAAAAGGAAAACCAGUUAAAGUAAAAUUAAGUGAGUAUUUCCUAUCCGUAGAAACAGACCAUGUUGUUACUGAAAAUCGUAUUCCUGUAGGUUUAUUUGCUUGUGUAAAAUAUAGGGUUCUGCAGUGUGGGAUGCGAAAACUGUGGGCAUGUGCUAAAUGUUGCAACGCUAGCAUAUGUGGAGUACUGAACGAAACAUUUCCUAUCAAAUGGAAACACAUUGGAUACGCAACAUCAGGUUUGAUUCUCGUGACGUUGGUAUUUCCGUUUCCAUAUUGGUUAAGGUUGAUUUUCUUCAAUGUGUUUGAAAGAGAGGAAUUGUCAAGUAGGUCAGAAUUCGCUAAUAGGUUUGGGUUUAACAAAGCCUAUGAGCUUCAUCUUGUACAGUAUUUCUUUCCAGAGAAUGCAAUCUUCAUAGUUUGUUACGUAAUGUAUGGAAUUCUUAUCCUAUUGCAACUUUUCUUCAAGAUUGAACCAAGUGGAAGAUACAGAAACAUAAUCAAAAGUUCAUUUGUGGACAUGCAUAACGUUCCCAUUGUUACCAUAAUUGGGAAAAUGGUAGAGUUUCUCUUGUUGCCGUGUAGGUUUCUCGGUUGUUUGGGGUUCAUCGUUAGUUUUAUAUUCUGGCCAAUUGCUGUUCCUAUAUGUUUAGUGCUGUUCAUCUUAAGCUGUGCCCCACUUUUGUAUCUAACAUAUAGGUUCUUUAUGCACAUCUAUACAAGUGUAUCCAGUUCCUAUUCUAAGCUUCCCAAGAACACCUCAGUGUAUUCAGACACAACAGAGACGGACAUGCUUUCUGAUACGGAACCGUCCACUAAGACUAUGGGCUGCAUGGAUAAAGCUCUCUGUAUUAUCCUACCAAUCAUGUACCUGUUUGGGAUUUGGUGCACAGUGUUCCUGGUAUCGGAAUGUCUUGGUUUCGGGCUAGAGGUGCUUAUUUUCACCCUCAUUGGCCUUAUUGUAAACGCUGGCUCUGUUCUGAAAUAUCUCUCAAUUCUGUUGCUAUUGAUCAUAUAUUCAUACGACUGCUUUCACAACGUGUAUCUUAAGUACUUAUCCCUUAACAAGGCAAUCUUUAAGGAUGUAUCUGGACGAGUCAAAGAUGAUGUCAUUGCUGUAAGCCAACUUCCAAGUCGUUUACAGGAAAAUCGUGGUUUCAAGGCAGAGGCCUUGACUGAACAAGAUAAGCACGAGAGGCCCGACAGACUAUCAAGGAGACGUCCAAUUCAUUGGAAUGUCAAUGAUUUGGUCCUUUUUGUCAAUAAAUUUGAUUUACAUUUUGUGCCUGUGAAAUUGUUCUACGCAAUUACAAUGAUAGAGGUCGCCGGUGCCCCCGGUCCAGUCUAUAAGAGCAUGGUACAUGCUUGGAGACGUUUCGGCCAGAUUGUUAUCUUCCUUUGUUUCCUUGUGAUGACAGUUAGCAUAUUUGGCAGUAUCUACAACAUCGGUUCUACGAGCCAAAUGCUCGCCACACUUGCUGGUGGUAUCUUUCCCUUCAUCCUUCGCAACUUCAUGUCCUCAAAGGCUGACCCUAUUGAAUUAAACUCUUGUACAUUUAAGUGCAAAGUUGAUGAGGUGAUUGAAAAUUUUAAAGAAGAUUGGCCAAUAGCUGAUCUACCGUUCGAGGUUGAUGAAGAUCAAAGUGGAGUUGAAUCAUGUGAGAAGGUUGAUCUCUUCAUUCAGCUUCCUAAGUCGGGUAUACGCAGUAAUAAACACGUUUUGAUUAACAUGGGAUGGAGAGGCAAGAGAUACUCGCUUGAGAAUACUGAAGACGUCGAUGUAAAGGAGAACAUACGGGCAGAGAUGGCAAAUGAAGGGGAUUAUGAAAUCAAAGUUAAAGAAGAUGAGAUUAUUGGUGAUGAAAAAGUAUAGGCGUGUGUAAUUAUGGUGUUAUUGUGACGAUUGUAAUUCAAGGUUCAAAGUAAGACGGACGCAUUAAACAUAUGCAUGUCUACUUGGAAAAUCAUAUACACCCAACUCUAAAAGUGUGGUUAUCCAAUUGCUCAUUGAAUAGUGUGGGAAAGGUUAUUCAUCUUUCAUCUUUAAUAUCUUAAUUACAAUUACAAGAAAUCUAUCAAUCAUGAAUAGGCAAAUUAUUAUUGAUAGAAUUGUAAAGUUGUGUCUUCCAAACAUUCAUAUAGAGAUGGGUGCACCACCAAUUUAAGACAAAGGAUCAGAGACGACAGCAUUCAUAUUUUUAGACAAUCAUGCGGAUGAACUAUUGAAAACUUGUACAAUUAAUGAUCUACAGUAUGUCGAAAUUCUAACAGGAGGACUUAAUCUCGAAUUCCACGAUUCAUGCAAAGGAUAUCAGUAUUAAUAUAUUAUUGAUAUGGGCAUAGUAUGGUUGUUCAGUCAUGUAUGCAUAAACUGGUCAAUCAAUUUCAAGUAAUGUUUGCAAUUCAUUAUGUUCAAUAAGAUCUCAAAUUGACUGGUUGUAGAAAAAAUAAUCAUAAAAUACGGCGUUGUAGCCUAUAUGAAAGAAUAAAUAUGGCAUUGCAGCCAAAAAUAUACACCGGCUAAAAUAUGUGUUGAAUCUACUUCCAGCCUGUUUUACGUCUUAACCUAAAUAAGCUAGGUCAACAGUACUGUCACAAUGCCUAGACUAAAAAGCAAAGACAAUACCAAGACUACCUGUACGAGCACCGAUUUCAGUUCAUAUUGCAAAAAGUUGCGUUGUCAUAUUUAAGUUGGUCGUGCCUUUGCGUUUAGUCUUAGAUACGAAAAGUGAAAAUAAUGAGCAAAAAUUAGGCCAUGAUAAAAUAUGACAGCGUUGUUACAGAUAUACAUAUGUGACUGCUGACUGCUCUGCCAUCUUUUUAUGACAUUCUAACACCACUGUAUACUGGUUCUCACCUGGUUAUAAAGACGUUGCGUCUCUAUACUGCAUAGCAGUCAACAUGUAUAUCUAGACCUGUAGCAACGCUGAGCUCGAGUUGCUCGAAAUGAACAUUCUGAUCAGUGAACGAACCACUAUUUUAAUAUGAGUAGGAAGUAUUUUUAUUCUGAUAUAUCUAUGCUUAAUGAUCAAUGAGAUCACAUGUUAUGUUACACCCCCUCCAAAAGUUUGAUAAACCCAUCUCCCCAGUAGAAUCAUGUGUUGAGGCCCGUUUCAUUUAGGGAAUUAAAAAUCAUAUCCGAUUUACAUGUACUGAGGAAUUGAUAUUCAACCCUAACGCUCUAAACAAUGGAAAAAUAGGGUUACCAAACGUUUGGAAUAUGUGUGCGAAACUGGUGUCCGUUAUAAAUCAGGGUGUGGUAUAGGGAUCUCUUCGAUAAUGAUAUAAAUCGUAAUAUAUAAACCCUCACCCUAAUGUGCCCAUUAUCGUUAUAAGCUCACAUUCCUCAUUGGAUGUCGAUUUAGGGCACAUUUGUUGAUAUUGGGAAAAAGAGCAGUUCAACAAUUCACAGUUCAUUAAACUAGGUACAAAAAUAUUCUGAAAACAGUAUUUCUUGCAACCCAAAGCUCAAACCAAUAUCGAUGUAUCUAUUCAUUACUGCGUCAGUCGAUCGUAUUUUCUUUGGGGUGUAAAUUCAGACCGUUAUCCAGUGUCAGAAUGGCGUCAUCAAUUACAUAUAUUAUUUCCAAUACUUUUUGUUAUUCACGAUUAUAAAACUAACAGCAUACAUAUAAAUCGAGUAAAUGUCAAUAAAAUGAUUUUGAAAAAUGUGAAACAAUUGAAUGUGAAUCACGAAAAUAUAAAUGUGAAUCAAGCAAUUAAUGCAAGAAAUGUGAAACAAGUUAAUGUGAAUCAAGAAAUGUAAUCGUAAUUUAUCGACCUUUGUCGUAUGCGAUUUGUGUAAGAUAAAAAUAAAAUUUUUAUAGGCUACUUUUAUAAAUAAACGUACGAUAUAUAGCUCAUGUGUAGAACUUUUAGGAUGUGGAUAUUGGAACUAUUACUGAUUUAUUUAAAACGUUUUAAAACGUUCUCGUUAGCAAGGCUCUGAUAAUCUUAAACAAAUGUAGGAUUAAUC